GCCGCCGGAGCCUAGCUGCAGCUGAGAGGACGAGCGGGUGUACUGGGAAGAAGAGAGCCGUAUGUCAUAAUGGUUUUACCGUGAGGAUCCCGGGGCCGAGGUGAGGAAGGAGAAUGACGGUCGGGAGCGGAUAGUAACUUCCGCCUGUGCAGAGCCCGCCUGACACCAUGUGGAACUGGUAUUCUGGGGACGAGUCCCAGUCGUCAGGCACAUCGCCUGCAAACCAGACCGCUGGCACCAUGUCAGUGGCAGACCUGACGGAGCAGUUGGCACAGACUCAGAAGCUGGUGGCGCAGCUGAAAGAUCUGAUCAGAGAGAAGGACAAUGAACUGCGCAAGAAAGACCAAGAUCUCAAGGAAGAGAAAGAAUCUUCAGAAUCCAAAAUCUCGAAGGCGAAGCUCCAAAACAAGGCCAAGAUUGCAUCAUUAACCUCUCAGCUGGAAGAGCUGAAGAAGCAGCUAGCGUCAUCCGGUGCUCAAGUGAAGAAACCUGAGAGCAAGAAGGGAUCUGGGGAUGCCGACCAAGAGAACGCUUCUGCAAACCGAGGCAAAAUUCUGGUACUAAGGAAACGAGUGGAAGAAUUGGAGUCACAGCUAGCGCUUAAAAAUAAAGAGCUCAAGAAAAAGGAGGAGGACCUGGAGGCUCAGAGGCUGCGCGGCUCUGAACUGGAUGUCAUGCUUGCAGCAAAAGAGGAGAAAUUGUCUAAAAAAGAGGCUUAUAUUAGAGAUCUGCAAAUGGCUGCUGCAUCAAGCGCCCCAGUAGAGGCGACAAGUGCUGAAUCGGAUGCUAAGAUAAUGGCAAAUGAAUCAACCCAGGAGCUUCAGGUUUUAAUCCAGAAUCUGACCAGGAAAGUAGAGCAGAGCGAGGAGAAGUAUAGUCUACUUCAAGAGCAGACAGACAGCCUGAAAGCCUUUCUGAACAAAGAGAAGAGCGUUUUCCAGGAGAAGGAAGCCAUGUACAUGGAAAAUAUACGAGUUUAUCAGAAUAUAAUUUUGGAAAAAGACAAGGAAAUGAAACUGCUGUCAGAGAAACAUGACCAGGAGCUUUUUAAGAUUGCAGCCAAAUCCGAUUCCACUGCUGAGCUCCAUCAGCUGCUCAAGGCCCUGAAGCAGAAACUUCACGAGGAUGAAGAGGUCUUAUCAGGAAAGAACCAAGUGAUUGAUGUUUUACAGAAGGAGCUGGAUAAUAAAGAUCAGCAGAUUUCUGAAAUGGCUGAGAAAUGCAGGCUUCUCCAGUCUGAGAAACAGAAUUUGCAUUCUAAGCUGGAUGCGGAGAAGCAUGUAAUGAGAGCACAGCUUAAAGACAUGAUGGAGAAACAUGAGACCGAAAUGCGAUCGCUCUCUCUCCGGCAUAGCGCAGCCAUGCAAGAAAUUAAAGAGAAACACAAGGGGGAGAUGCAGGAGAAAUUUCAGACUAUACAACAGCUUCAGAGCCAGCUUCAAGGCCUGGCGAGCCCAGGAGACGUCAGGGACACAUACGCCUCAACUACAGACUCUGCAGUUAUGAAAUUACAAGAUGAAGUGAAGUUGAAAACCGAAGAGGCAAGUAAAUCCGAAGCCAAAUUCCUUAAAAUGAAGGCAUGGUCAAAAUCUAAAAUCAGGCAGCUGGAAGAAGAACUAAAAAUUUCUGAAACAAAGAACCAGGAGCUGUCUGCCUUAACCGUGCGUGUCUAUGCCCUGGAAGAGGAGAAGAAAGCUCUGGAGAUGAAGCUGGAAUCUGUCGCAGAUUUGCAGUCAUUUAAUGAACAACUGCUGACCAAGCUUGUCGUGUAUGAAGAGCAGCAAAGGAUACUGCAGGCGGAUCUGGAACAAGUUACUAAGAGAGCGGACUCGCAGACCAGUGAGUCCGGAAGCAUGGAUGAGCUGCAGAACCCACUCCUGGAAUGGAAUGAAAUGAGCCAGGAGAUGGACAUGACCCCGGAUCAGGAGAGAGAAGACACAUCGGUUAUGGUCUUGAGGAUGGCGCAGAUAGAAGAGGAGAGAGAAGGACUGAUUGAGGAUGACUGGUUCUUUCCUGGCUGCUCCGAUCCAGCCAUGGACUCAGGGCAGGUGGAACUGGAGGAAGAGCUGAGCGCAGCUCGAGGACAGGGGAAACUGAGGACGGCGCGGAGGAAAGGAAGCAGCGGAUCCUCCAAAAUACAGGAUGAAUUCAGCUUUGGCAGCAAGAGCUUUGAAGACCAAAACCUCGCUACGGAAAGCGGUGAAAUAGUCGAGGGCGAGAACAUGGGAGGUUGGUGGCCUGAAUACGGUUCUUCAGACUCAGGGUUGGGAUUACGAGCGGUUGUGCAAGAGCUGGAGAUGGAAAGAAAUCAGCUGCAGGAGCAGAUAAUGACCCUCGAAGAGCGAUGUCAGGAGCUGGAAGACCGGUUACAGCUCCAGCUUCGCAUUGAAUCCUUACAGGUAACAUUUGAUGUAGAUGAAGAGACGCCGUCCUUUCCCCAGAGUGACAACGAGCGCUUCCAGACCCAGUUGGCCCAGAUUCGCCAGCAGCAGAGCCAGGAGGCUGAAAAAAACCAUGACCUCAUUUCCUCCUUGAAUGAUCAACUAAAAGGCCUGACUAACAGGAACGCAUUUCUUGAAAAUGCUAUUGUGGAAAAGGAGCAAACUAUUGUGGAAGUAACCGGGAAGCUGGAGAAGCUGAACAGAGUCUCCAAAACGCUGCAGGAAAAGGAGGCCCUGGUCAAAGAGCUGCAUGAAAAACUGGAUCAGUAUGAACAUCAGCUCGAAGAAGUCACAAGGAGACAGCAGGCAUCCGAGUCUGAGAACUCGGCCUUAAAAAUGACCAACACUGAGCUCACUGAGAAGGUGUCUGCCUGUAAAGACCGGAUAUCAGCACAAGAUUUGUUUUUGGAAAAACUCCAAGUUGACUUUGAUCAGACAAAUGACGAACUGGAUCGACUAAACAUGAGUCAUCUAGAAAAGCAAUCGCAGCUUCUUCAUGACUUGCAGAGAUCUGAGAGGGAGCUGGAUGCUCUUAAGGAACUCUUAGAAGAAAAGGACAAAGAAAUGUCCUCGCUCUCAGCAAGUCUGACAGAAUAUUCUGAGCAAGUUACCAUCUUAAAAGAGACAAUUGACUUUAAAGAGGAGCAGAUGAGUGAAAUGUCGAAUGCACUUACAAAAAUGGAGAGAGAGCUUCACCAUUUGAAAGAGGCGCAAACCUUGGAUGUCCAGGAAAGUAUCACCAAGAUAUCGUCUCUUUCUGAGCAGCUAAGCGAAAUGGAGUCCGAGCUAAAUAAAGCAAAACAUCUCAAUGAGAGUAAAAUUAAAGAAUCGGAAGAGCUAAUUAGCCAGAUAAAGGAGAAUGACAUAAUAAUCAAAAACCUUCGUUUGGAGAUGCAAGCGCAGGCAGUAACUCACAAUAAUCACCUUACAGAAUGUUCUGCACAGAUUGUGUCGCUGAAAGAACAGAUGAACGCAUCUGUUGCAAAAGUUGAUGAGACGGAAAUGAAGUACAGAAAGGAAGUUGAGACCUUAAAAUUACAGACGGAGGCAGAUCACUCCAAAAAGGAGAAGCUUGCUUUAUUGUUGGAAGAAAAGAGCAUCCAGGAACAACACUUUCAUAACGAGCUGAAAACGGCAAAAGAGCAAUACAACAAAUUAGUUUCUGAGUUGUCAAAAAAAGACGAGGAAAUAAAGGAACUGUCAAAUCAGCUCUUGGAGCACAAAGACCGAUCCAGUACACUGGACAAAGAAUUGAGUGGCAAGCAGGACGAAUUGUCAUCUUUGCAGCUAAAUCUUGCAGCUCUAUCACAGAGUAAGGAGGAACUGGUGAAACAUCUGCAAGAAAAGACAGAAGAAUUUCAAAAGCAAAUAGAUGUAAAAACAGAAAUCAUAAAUAAACUACAUUCAGAAACGGAAGCGCUUUGUGUGCAAAUCAAAGACCUGGAAACCUCACUUGCAGAUAAAGAGACUUCUCUGAAGUCUGUGACAGAUUCCGUUGAGGAACUUGAAAGAAAAGUCAACGGCUUGGAGGACCAAUAUCGACACAUUUCCAAUGAAAAGGAGAAUUUACUAACUCAACUUAGUCAAAAAGAAUCAGAAAUACAUACUAUGAACCAGACCCUGCAAGAGAUCCAGAAAAAGUUCUCAGAGAAAGAACAGGAGCUUUCAGAUCUCCAGGAAGCAAAAUCCAAUCUCUUACGCGAGAAGGAGGACCUUUGUAAGGAAAUUGACUUAAUUUCAGCCCAGAGUGCACAGGAUACCAAUGCUACUACUGCUCGGCUAGAAGAAAAGACUAAGGAGUGUCUGAACCUAGAAAACCUUUUACGCAGAGAGCAAGAAGCCGUUCUUAAUUUGCAGUCUCAGAUUCAGUCUUUAGAGCAGGAUUUGAAGGAGUCCAGGAUGGUUGAGCAACAGAAAGAAGAGGCGCUAAAAGUUAGGACCUCUGACUAUGACGCUACAUGUGAACAGUUACAACAAAAAGAGGCGAAAAAUAAGGCAUUGCAAAAACAAGUGGAAAAGUUGAGCCAAAUAGUAAAGGGUAAAAAGAAGGUAUUAGAAGAUAAAGAAGCACUCCUUACUACACAGUCCGCUCAGAUUGAGGAGAUGAAAAGGAACUUGGAUAAGCUACAUGGUGAAGAACAAGCACUUAAAGAGGUCAACCUAAAAGUCACAGAGAAUUUAGAAAAAUUAAAUUCAGCUCUCAGCAAAUUACAGCAGGAUUAUGACAAUAUUGUUGAGGAAAACACGAAAAUGAGGGAGAAAGUAGAAGUUGGUAGUAAGGAAAUUGAAAGGUUAACCCACGAAAGAGAGUCCUUUGUGUUGUCUAUAUCAAAUUUUGAAACUCAGCGAGAUGCACUCCAGUCACAAGUAAUGCAAAGUCAGUCAGUGGUAGACUCCUUAAAUCAGCAGUUGAACAUGUUAAUGACUGAAAAGGAAAAGCUGAAUUCUGAUUUUGAAUUACUUAAAACCACCUUGUCCAACAAGUCAGAAGAAGUCAGCCUUCUAAGCUCUCAUUCAUCGCAACAGGGCCAUACUAUCAUGUCUUUGAAGGAUCAGAUUGAUUUACUUCAAGUAGAGAAACGGGAUCUGCUACGUAGCGUUGAAGAAAAGGAAGCUCUUCUUCUCCAAAAGGAGGAACUUAUCCAACAAACCGAAAAGAAGUUAGAAGGUGAAGGAUACUAUCUACAGACUAUAUCCACCCUUCAAAAUGAACUGCAAAGUUCAGUUUCAGAUUGUACUCGGCAGCAGCAAAGAAUUGAGGAGCAGGAACAGAAACUGCAGAAGUUGCAUCAACAGGUGCAGCUACUGAAUAAUAAAAACGAGGAAGCAGAGUUAUUGAAAACUCAAUUAGCAGAACAUGUAGUGAUCAUUUCUGAUCUCUAUUCCCAGCUCAAAAACCUAAAGGAAAAUGUAGAAGAACUAAAUGGGGCUUUAGCCAAAAAAGACGAAUGUCUGAAAGAGAAGGUUGACUGCUACGCAAAUCUGAAGGCUCAGUUGUCUGAGCUUCAAGACUCUUUAGACGAGCAGAGGAGGACCAUCGAAACAUUGCAGCAUGAGAAUGCUCAAUAUAAGACUGCUGUAUCAGAAAAGGAUUUGACCCUUAAAAAUUCUUCGUUGGAAGUUGAAGAAUUAAAAGGAAAAUGUCAAAGUAAGGACGAGCAGUGCAAUGUGUUGAUUAAACAGGUGACAACUUUGGAGGAAACUACUUCAAAGCAGCUCUCUGACAUUAACAAACUGACUGCUUCCUUGGAAGACAAGGAAACUUUACAUUGUAGAAAGGAGGAAUCCCUAAAUGUUGAAUUGGAGCAAAAGAGAAAUUUAAAUUCUGAUCUUCAGAAAACUGUGGAUGAGCUUAGUAAUAAAGUUAAAGAUCUUGAGCAGGCUCUCUUUGAAAAAGAAAACACUGUGCAAAAUCUGCAGGAGAAAUAUGCUUCUCUGUAUGAGCAAAAUCAGAAGCUGGCAGAGUCUAACCGUCUUAAGGAAGCCGAGAUUUCUAAACUUCUGACUUCUGCCAGCGAAAAAGAUGCUAAACUUCAGAUGAUGGAAAGCAAUGUUCAAGCUUUUGCCAGUGAGGUUAAUCUACUACGCAAAGAACUAGACAAAGGUAGUUCUAACGUCAAAAACAUAUCUGAGACAUUGAAGCUAAAAGAUGAUAUCAUAUCUCAGCAUCAGAAAGCAGAAGAAGUUUUAAGGAAUGAUCUGCAAUCCAUAAAGUUAGAGUCCAAGGAGAUUAGUACUCAGAUGCAAGCAUUGACAGGAGAAAGAGAAGAGAAUAGGGCACUCAUUGAAACCCUACAGGAUAGAUGUACUUCGCAAAAUCUAUAUAUUGAAAAUCUGAAGCAAGACGUGGACAAUUUAAAUUUAAGAUUAUUGGAAGACCAGCAUACUUCUGCACUUGACAAGCAACAGAUAUCCCAACAACUAGAAUCUGCAGUUCAAGAAAAAUUGCAUCUCGAAAAAAUGAUACAAACAUUACAGGUAGACCGAGACACCUCCCUGGUCGCAUUGCAGAAUGAAUUGAUUCACAGGAACGCAGUUAUAGAAAAUCUUGAGCAUCGAGUAGAGGAAGCAAAUUCACGUAUUUCGUUGGACGCAGAAAGCCUGAACGUGUUGAAAGCCGGGAACAUUGAUCUUCAGAAGCAGGUUAGUGCUCAAGCUGAGGAAAAUUAUGCUUUGAAAGUACAUAUAGAAAAUCUAAAGAUAAAUCUUAGUGAACUGCAGCAACAAUCAGAAAAAGAGGUUGCACGUGUAAAUGAGGAAAAUGGGAAGCUUAGAGAGCAGAAUGAAAGUUUAGGCAAUGACGUUAAAGUGAAGCAGGAGGCACUGCAAAGUUUGCUUAAAGAUUUUCAGUUUGUCGAUAACCAGCUAUGUGCUUUGUGUGAUGAAAAUGUCUCAGAAUGUGCUGAAUUUGACCAACAGUAUGGUUACAGAAGCAACUUAGAGAAGUUAUCUUCAAUGCUAUGUACAGCAAUGGACUACAAGUCAAAAGUAGCAGAGUUAAAGGAAGUUCUUCAGGGAAAAGAGAGAGAAGUUGACCAGAAGACUCAGUCUGUUUGCUUGUUUGAGAAAGAGAGAGACCUUCUGCUUAACGAGUUGCAGAAGGUUAAAGAACAAAAGCUUGUUAAUGAAUCAUUAAUGGAAGAACUUAAAACCGCUAAAGAUACCUCUUCUCAUGACCAAAGCAUGUUACAAGAAAAAGAAAAUGUUAUUAUAGAGUUGAACUCCCAUAUCUCAGUCUUGCAGGAAGAAAUAAAGUUAUCUAAAGAAGAUCUGCAAAAAACCCAUACGUUGCUGAGUGAAGAAAGAACGAAGAUUAUAGAGCUGAUAGAAGAUGUUAAUAAGAAGGAUUCUCUUGCCCGAGAACUUAAUCUACAGCUGGGUCAGCAGAAAGAGUUAAUAGCUACACUCAGUGGUCAAAUAAAAGAUAAAGAUGCUUCUCUGAUGCAGGUUAUGGACUCUAUGUCAAGCGAAAUGGCGAAAGUUUCUGAUGUAAAAAAUAGCUUAAGUCUGGAACUUAACAGUUUGCAGUCUGAGAAAAGUUCUUGUCAUUUGCAGAUCUCCGAACUAUCUGAAAAACUCGAGGCUUGUGAGAAAAAGUUACAGCUGUCGGAACAGAUACUGGCUGAUAAGGAGAUUUAUUUAAGUAAGUUGACCAGUGAGAAGGAUCUCCAAUCGGAAAAAUUCUGUAAAGAAAGGGAGAACUUAAAGAGGAAACUUCAGGCAGCUUUAGUGAUACGGAAAGAUUUAAUGCAAAAAAUUGAGAAACUUGAACAAAGCAAACAAGAUGAGGUAAGAGAAGAGCAGCUGAAGAACUCAGAACUUGGAAGAACUGUGGAAGAUUUGAAUGGCAAAUUAGAAUCUAUAAGGAUGGAGAACAAAGAUCUGCAGUCAUAUGUGAAGAUCGCUAAGCAAGAAUUACUGGAGAAGGAUACAAAAAUAAGCAAUCUUUGCAGUGCCCUAACCGAAAAAGAACAGCACCUAGAACAGCUCCAGAAUAAUAUCGCUGAAUUGCAGCAAAGCUUCUCUGAGAAAGACAACACGUGCCAGGAAUACUUAAGAAUCUUUCAGGAAAAAGAACAAAAUCUGCAGCAAACAAAAAAUGCUCUCAAAGAUAAAUUAAAGGGUCUAGAAGAAGAAAAUAUACACUUGUUGGAAAAUCUUGAAAACCUGAAAAUAUGUCUUGAAAAUAUACAAGGCCAGACAAGCUUUUCUAUGUUACCUCUAGAAUCAUCCAAUGUUGACCUAGAGUCGACUUCUGCCGAAGCUUCAUUUUCACAUGCUGAAAAUACGAUAGUUCAUAAUAAUGUCCAUGCAUCCCUUUUGUGUAGCCAAGGAAGUUCUGGGAGUAAAGAGAAACAUGGUGGGCUUUUACAAAGUCUCAGUAAAAGCAUUAAAGAAUUUGAGCUUCUACAGAAGGCACAUUUAGACUUACAACAUUCCUAUGACGCUCAAUGCACAGAGUGUGAACAACAUAAAGAUCAAGUGCAUAAACUGCAAGAACAAGUUCAGGCACAACAGGAACUGCUGUUCCAGAAGGAGUCUGAUCUGACUAAUAAAGAGCUGGAAGUAGAAGACCAUAAAAAGCAGAUUGAAGAUAUUUCACACCAGCUACAAGAACUAAAGGAGCAUGAAAAGUUUUCUAAGGAGUUGACCACCAGUAACCAGGAGAAGGACGCAGCAUUGCUGAGAGUAAACUCUGAACACGGGCAGUUGUUGAGUGAAAUAGAGUUACUGAAGGCAGAGACACAAAAAUUGUCCAACGAUAUUCAAAAAUAUCAAGAGCAAAUGCACUCUCUGGAAAGUGCAGUGGCUUCUAAGUCGGUACAGUUAGAACAUUGUGAAAAUGAGAUUACUUUGCUACAGAAAGAAGUAGAGGUAGCUCGAAUGAAGAUUGAAAAUAACCAAGCAACCAUUCAGCAUUUAACCAAUGAAAGGGAUUCAUACUUUGAAACUUGCCAAGUCAGUCAGUCAGAAGUGUCCAAACUGAAGCAUAAUCUUGAGCAAAAAGUUAUUGAAUUAUUAGAAAAAGACAAAGAGAUAGCUGCAUCUAAAGAUACCCUUCAGUUAAACCUAAAAAUCGAUGAAGAAGACAUGGAAAGGAUGCAAAGCCAAUUGAAACAAUAUGAAAAAGAAUCUGAUAACCUGAAGGAUGAUUAUAAACAGAUUAAAAGAGAGCUUGAAGAAUCAAUGUCUAAACUGGAAAAAGCAGAAACCGAAUUAUCAGAUUUUAGGGCAAAGUUAAGAGACUCGAAAAAAGAUGAAAUAUUGAUGGUACAAUCAAGUACGCAACCUUUGCACAGCCAUGGUCUAAACCAAGUGGUUCCUGAAACAAAACCAGCUGUUGAUAGUCUUCAAGGAGAAAGUUGUGAUCGUCCAUUAACAUGUAAACCUUGCUUUAAGAAACAGACCAUAAUUGAAGAUCUUGAGAAGCAGAUUAUGAGCUCCAACAAGGUAAUUGAGCAGCUUCAUCAGGACCACGAGAAGAAAGUUUCAGAAGAAAGCAGCUCUAAAGAACAACUUCAGAGAAAGCUUCAGGCAGCUUUGGUAUCGCGUAAAGAUUUGCUUAAGGAAAACAAAAUGCUUAAACAAAAUAUCGAAUCAUUGACUCUGGAGACAGAAAAGCUGAAACGUUCAGUUACUGAAAUUCGGGAAAAUCAGCUGGCUGAGAUUUCAUUACUCACAGAGAAGAAUAACGAUCUUCUGUCUGAGAAAGAACGCCUUUUACUGGUCAACGAAAAUCUUUCGGCAGCUUGUGAAAGCCUGAAAUCUACAAUGGAAUCUAUUGUUCAAGAAAAAGAAGCAUUUUCUUUCCAGUUGAAUUCUUUGAAGGAUUCUCAGACUGUUGAAUUGACCGGAUGGAAAGCCAAGCAUGGCGAAUUGAAUAAAGAGUAUGAGUCCCUUCUUCAAGCGUAUGAAAACAUUAGUGAUGAAAUUGAUAAGAUGCGACAUGUCAUAGAAAUAACAAAGAGAGAAAAAAACGAUGUCCUAUUAAAACAUCAUGACCUUCAAGCUGAAAAUCAAGACCUGGUAAAACAAAUUGAGCAGAGUGUUGCAGAGAUGGACAGGCUUAGAACAACAUUGGAGUCUAAAGAGAUUGAAAUACAAAAAUUUAAAUUAGAAACCGAGAAGCUUAUGGAUGCGGUGAAGAAAGCGUCUCUCUCCGAUGAAGUAUCCAAUGAAAACAGGAAACUUAUUGAAGAAAAUAGACAUUUAAGAGAAGUAUGUGAGAACCUGAAGACCACUCUAGAUAGCAAAGAAAAGGAAAAUAAUAGUAUAUCUGUCAUUAAAAGGGCACUGGAUAAGUUGCAAAUGGACAUGGGUAUGUAUAGAUCUAACGUGGAAAUUAAAAUAUCCAAUCUAAGUUUGGAAAACGAGACACUCUCUAGAACUGUUACAGAAUUGGAAACAAAGGUUCAAGAGACAGAACAGAGCUUAGAGAAGAAUGAAAUAGAAAGAUUGAAUAUCCUAGAGAAACUGAACAGCUCUGACCAACAGCUUCAACAGGAAAAGACCAUUGUUUUGAAAUUAGAAGCUGAUGUAAGUAGCAUGGAACUAGACCGGAUGAACUUGAAUGAAAAAGUGAAAAUUUUGGAAGAUGACAAGGCCCUUCUUCUAGAGGAGAUUGAAAAUAUACAGGAGCAAUUUUGUAAAGUGAAAAAUGAGAGGGAACAAUUAGAGACAGAAUUACUUAGAGUUGGAAAAAACAACAGCUUACUCUCCGACAAAUUUAAGUUACUCCAGAUACAGACCCAUAUUCUAAGCCAGCAGGUAGAGUUUCUCAGGGCAGAGAAAAACACUAUUGUCCGUGAAAAGGAAGAACACCAGUUGCAUGUUCUACGGGAUCUAGAAGAAAGGAUUAAAUAUGCUCAAAAUGAUAGCCGAGGAACCAAGACCAAAUCGAAAGAGUUACAAGAACUUCUGAAAGAGAAGCAACAGGAAAUUAAUCAGCUCCAUCGUGAUUCUAUAAGAUUUCAAGAGCUUAUAUUAGAUCUUGACGGUGCUGUGAAGGAAUCAAAUAGCCAGAAUGAAAAUCUUCAAAAAGAACUUGACAAUACAUCUGCUCUGCUAACCCAAGCAAGAAACGACAUAUUAAUUCUAAAAAAGGAACUUGCAGAGAACAGAGUGGAAAAAAAGAACUUGCUGUCCUCCAAUAACCUAGUUAAUGAAGAGUCAACCAGGAAGUUCUCUUCACGUGUAAAUGAAAGAAAUGGUAUUGAAGAAAAUGAACUGAUUUAUCACUCCAAAGAAGUAGCUCUACAGAAUAUAAGUUCCGAAAAGGAGGUCUCUGAACACCCUACAGUUGUUGAAUUCAAGACGCUAAAGGACAUAAUAACAGAAAAUGAGCAGGAGAUCCAAAAACUUAAAUUAGAGAGUGAAAAAGUUAGAAUCGAUAUACAGAAACAGGUCACCAUGUCUCAGCACAUGAAACGAAUCAUCGACAACAAAGAUAAGGAGAUCUCUGUGUUAAUCUCCUCCAAAGAUGGAGAAAUAUCCAGCUACUUAGAACAAAUACAGAGUGAGUAUCGGAAACAAGCAGAAGAUAAUGAGCAUCGUUUGUCCUCUGUUGAAGCUGAAAAGGCGAAAGUGAAUUUAGAAUAUGAAAGGGUAGAAAAAAAGUAUCAGAGUCUUAAAUUGAAGUAUGAAAAAGCAGUAAGUGACAAGGCUUUGAUAUCUGGUGAAAUUGAGGCCUUUAGGAAAUCAAUGUCUUCAUUGCAAACUGAUCGAGAUCAACUUAGUUCAGAAUUACAAACUAUCCAUCAGCGCAAUGAACGGGUCCUAAGUGAAAAAGACAACAUCAUCACCUCUGCUGUCAAUGAAAAUGGUAGCCUCAAAGAAGAACUUAGGAAUGCUCUCAAUAAAAUGGAUGACCUUAAUGCAGAAAAUGCCAUGUUGGGAGCACAACUCAUUCGCUAUAGGGAAGAUCUAAACCAGGUGCUGUCACUAAAAGAUGAACAAUUAAAGGAAUUGUUAAAACAGAAGCUGGAGCUGAUUAAAAACCUCGAGCAAAAAAAAUGUGAUCUUGAGAAGCACUGUAGGGAAAUGCAAAGCAUCAAUGAGGCCUUACAAAAUUCAGGUAAGGCAGUAGCACUGGAGAAUCAAAAAUUAAUGUCAAAGGUUAAAGAUCAAGAAGAUCUUAUUGCUUCCAUCAAUAAAGAAAAGAUACUUUAUGAAUCCAGGAAGAGAAAGUAUAAGGAUGUUCAGGCGAAAACUGAUGAGGAUCUGAUCAGUUUUGACCAAAAUGAUGGUGAGCCGGGUAGUCAAAAUAAUAGCGCAGAAGAAAGUGCCGAGGAAGCCUAUUGGGGCCUUUUCCUUGAAAAUAAACAGCUUAAAUCUGAAAACGAGUCUUUUGGGAAAGCAAUGGGCGCUCUACAGAAUAACAGAGAUUCCUUGAUCGAUGAUUUCAAAGAGCUGCAAUGGCGGUACGCAUCAGAGCUAAAAGCUGAGAAGAUCAGAGGAGAUGAUCUCGACAGACAAAUAGCUAGCUUUAAAUCCCAGAUUUAUGGUAUCCUCAAACACAAUACCCUCCUUAAUGAACAUCUCACCAUGGAAGACCAGAUUUCCAUGGACCAGCUCAUUGCUGCAGUAGACUCUUUGUGCACUUCCUUAACAAACAAAAGUUUGGAGGUCACUAGCCUCUCUUCGGAGUGUGCCGCUUAUGCUCAGCAGAUCGAUGCUUUCUCCAAAGCUAUGGCAAGCUUACAGCAUGAUCGCGAGAGAUUAUUCCAGAUGCUUAGGGAAGGAACCGCAGUGGAAAAGGCUAAGGAAGAAGGUGCUUCUGAUAAAGAGGUCAUCACUGAGCGUGAACUAAGCAUGAAUUUCUCGCAGCCAGACAGAUUAACACAGGUGACAGAACUGAUCAACAGUUCAGCAUCAGAAUCCCUCAAACUAAGGCAAAGGAUUCAGGAGUUGGAGAAGUUAUUGCUUGAAGCAAAAUCUGUGAAGGACAAACUGGAGAAAGAGAUCACAGGCUACCAGUAUGAGCUGUGCGAGCUGAGAUCUGAAAAAAAUGUUCUUGUGGCUGAAUCGCAAGCUCUUCGUCAUCAGUUAAGCAUAAUCCUAACCGAGAAAGAGCGACAGAUUGGAGACCUGCAGAAAAUCCAGGAAACUGCAAAGCAGAGUGGAGAGAAGGGUGUGGAGAGAAUGGCUCUGGUGGGGAGUCCUGCUGCUGCAGAGAAAGGAAAUCUGGCUUUUGAAGAUAAAGAACAGACAAAGCAUGAAAUGCAGAGAUACCUCCAUGAAAUACGACAGAGGGACCUGAUAAUACAACAGUUGAAUACUAAGGCAAUGGAAUCUGCAGAGAUGAAUGCGGUUUUGUCUACUCAGCUCAAGACUGUAUCGCAUGGACUGAAAGAUACUCAGCUCAGAUACACUGAAUUGCAAAAUCAGUAUUACAAGCUCCAGAGAGACCUACAGGUCACCAGCCAGACUGACAUCUUGACUGAGGUUCCCCCCGGAGCUCCCCAGGAGAGAGCAAACGUUCUGGUGGAAAUAGACAAUGCCGAACUGGCUGACCUGAGAAGAAGGCUGGCAGAGGCUGAACUCCGUCACGAUGCUAUUCAGCAAGAACUCUCCGUGGUGUCUGACAGGCUGGCAGAGGAGAAGGCACAGAGGGAGGCUGCGGAGGAGGCACUGCAUCUCACAGGGCAACAGAAUAAGAGGCUCGAAGCAAAGUCAUCUUCCAGAGACUAUGAGUUCUCUCUCCAGAUGGAUUCAGACGACGAACGGGAAGCCUUAAUUAUUGAUCCUACUCAGAAUCUAGCUGUUAGAACAAUCAAGAGCUGUAACGUGGCUGUCCGGAGAUGGCUGCACGGUCGAAGUCUUUACUGCUCGAAGCUGCUGACCUCCAGAUCGAAAUCUCGCUACUUGCUCUUCACCUACCUGUUAGGACUGCACGUCCUCAUCUUAAUGUGCCUGACCGGGGCGCUAUAGCCGAGGAGAUAUCUCUGAGCAAUGUACUUUUCCGUUAACUCUUUCUUUGGAGAGGACAAGUCAGGAGCAUCACCAAGCAGAAGAUAGAUGUGAAUGUUCCACCUUGGCUGGAACCAUGGGUGACAUGAAAGUGGUGUGUGGAGGAGCGAGUGAGAGGUGGAAGAUGCUAGAUAUACUGUACAUGGGGUUAUUGUGCAGUAGAUAUAACGUGAGGUCAAACCAGGCCAUGCAUAAGACUAUGUACCUCUGAGAAUCCUACUACUGACAGAGCCCCAGAAGUAACCAGGCCGACUGAGACUUGAACGAUAACUGACACUAAAUGCAAAAUAUGGGACUAGACUAGUAUAGUCCUGCACCCAUUAGGAGUAUCCUAUGAGGAGAUUUGGGGGCAGGUAACAGUCUCCAUAUCAUCUGUAGCUGCUUGCGCUCCUCACUAGGCCAUCGUUAACAUCUGUGGACUCAUAUGUGAAAAAAAAGAAGAACCUGACACUAACAUGGAUGUGGGCAGAAAUCCAGGAAACCUGAUCAUGGACUGCAUUAUACAGGCGAAUGGUGAAUGGGGCGGUAUGAGGUCUGCUUUUUUUUGUUCCUGAAACGGCACCACUGGCUUUGUCUGAUACUGUAGUCCUAGUCUAUACCUAAUACUGGACUAUGGACCAGGAUGGUGCUGCAUCUGGAG